AGGCGCCGUCGCUGCCACACGCGUUCACCCCGCUGUUGAACACAGGCCGCUGUCUGCCGACAACACGAAACAUCGACACUUUUUCCGUGCGUCAUUCGAGCAGGUUGCUGCUUACAAACAAACCAUUGUGGCGAACACUCCAAAAAUCCUGUAUUGACACCAUUGCGCGUUAUUGCAAAACAAUGAAAACUCGUCAAAGAGUGUUCCAGUGAAAAAUAUCGAUAAGAUAAAAUUAUAACAAGUCAAUAAUCUUUAUCGUUGCGGUGCGCAGUGCGAAGGCGGUUUAAAAUUUUCGUUCUUUCCAAUCUACAAGGCAACGUCGCGCAGUAGGGAUUGUUGAACAAAUGUGGGAACCACAAAUCGUGUAAUUUCGGCGAACAAGUGACAAUAGUGCAGCGACAUUAAUCAUGGGUAGGCCGACAAAAUUCGGGACUCCAGACAAUACUGAUAGUGAGGAGAGCGGUGAGGUUUUCACCGACGGCGAUUUCGACGAUAGCGACGAAGAUCCCGUCAAUCGUGAUGACAAUGAUACUUCUCUUACAGUCAAUGAAACCAUCAACAUGGACGUAAAGAACACUGAUGUGGAAACGUACGAUAACCUUAAUGAUAAUGGUUUUGGGCAAGUAAACGGUGAUGAGUCGAAGGUGAACGGACUUAAUAAUGGACAUGUUAGUGAUUCGGAGAAUUACAACAGUUUGAUGGAUUUGCGAAGAGACUCUAACAGUGAACUAAAUCCGUCUAUAGUCGGAAUCCUCGGUGGUCAACAAAAUUAUGCAGAGCAGCGCCUUGCAGCGCGGCGAGCGGCGCGGGCGGAAGCGCGCGAGAUACGCAUGCGCGAGCUUGAGCGACAGCAACGGGAACAGGAAGACCAUGCUAACAAAGCUUAUGAUAUGUACUCAGAGACGGUGGGUCGUCGGGGCUCGCGUAUGACGGCCUCGUCGCUGCACUCGCCGCGGCGCAGCUCCGAGGACUCCAUCGAUGACUCCUUGAACAUAAAGGAUCUUAGGCAUGAAUUGAAAGAAGUAGAGGAGAAAUUCCGCAAGGCAAUGAUCCUGAACGCGCAGCUAGACAACGACAAGGCGGCGCUGGGGUAUCAGCUCGAGCUGCUCAAAGACCGGAUAGAGGAGCUGCACGAGGAGCACGCGCAACUACAGAGGGAACAUAGAGAAAAAUGUUCAUCACACGAGCGUUUAAAACGCGAGCACGCAUCGCUAGAGCGCGAAUUAAACGCGGCGCGUGACGCGGUUAGGGCGCGGGACGCCGCCGCAGCCGCAGCGGGGUUCGCCUUUGUGGAGGCCGCGAUCGCAGCGAACGGGGAGGGAGAGGGGGGCGAAGGCGACACGAAAGUCGCGCAAGGGUUCGGCUCUGUGCCACCGUUAGCGCUCGUGUCGCAUCAGUCGGAGCAGUUGCUGCUGGAUGCUGGGGAAGGCACGCUGGACGUGCGGUUGCAGAAGCUGGUGUCGUCGCGCGCUGCUCUGGAGUCGGAGGUGCGUAAGCUGAAGCUGCAGCUCAACGAAGAACGUUCCGCCAGACACAACGGCGUCGCCAACCACCACGAUCAGGAGUAUGAAAAUGAAUUGGAGAGUCUCCGCAAGUCAGUCGCCGAGGCGAAGGGGCGCGCGGCGCGGGCGGAGGCCGAGGCGGCGCUGCAGGGCGCGGCCGUGGCCCGGCUCGAGGCGCAGGUGGCCCGCCUCAAGGCGCGCCAGGACCACCAGGACGAGCACGAGGAACAGCUCAAGCAGGAGCGCCGCAGGCUGCAACGAGAGGCACGCGAGGCACUCAACCGAGUGGAAGAGCUAGAAACAGAGAACAGUCACCUAACGAAGCGCCUGGAUAAACUGAAGAACGCAAAGUCAGCGCUGCUCAAAGACCUGUGAGAGAACCGAAGACCAUCCUGCACCGUCGGCGUCGCCUCACUCCAACGCUAGCGCGUCCUAUAUUUACCGUAAUGUUUGAUGCUUUAGCAUUUGUGGGAUUGGAUAAUUGACAUUCUUUGUAUUCACCAAUUUUGCACCCGCGAAAAUGUUUUUAGACGUGAAUGCGUGCGAGCGAGCGAGCGGACGAAAAAUUGUGGCUCACAGACGCAUCGCAUUGAAUGUGCUGUAUAGGCAUAAUACAUUCUACAGUCUGUCACGAACGUCCGCGUAGGUCAUCGCACUAUUAGGGGCCUUAACGUGUUAUCAAUAGGGUUGUUCAAUUAGUGGUACUAAAAAAAAAUCGAAAAUUUAAACAGGCUAUCAGUUGGUUUUUUAUAAAGAGCUCUAAAAAUCGACAAAUCCUA